AUCAUCAGAAAAGCCCUCACUGAAGAAAAGCGUGUCUCGACAAAAACUUCCGCUGCAGAUCUUGUGACAGAGACAGAUCACCGUGUAGAAGACUUAAUCAUUUCUGAGUUGCGAAAGCGGUUUCCUUCACACAGGUUCAUUGCAGAAGAGGCCACAGCCUCCGGGGCCAAGUGUGUGCUCACCCACAGCCCAACCUGGAUCAUUCCCUACUGUGGCAGUUAGCAUCGGAUUUGCAGUUCACCAGGAGCUGGAAUUCGGAGUGAUCCACCACUGCACUGAGGAGCGGCUGUACACCGGCAGGAGGGGCCAGGGUGCCUUCUGCAAUGGCCAGCGGCUCCAGGUCUCCAGGGAGACAGAUCUCUCGAAGGCCUUGGUUCUGACAGAAAUUGGGCCCAAACGUGACCCCGAUACCCUGAAAGUAUUCCUGAGCAACAUGGAGCGGCUGCUACACGCCAAGGCUCAUGGGGUCCGGGUGAUUGGAAGCUCCACCUUGGCACUCUGCUACCUGGCUUCAGGCGCCGCCGAUGCCUAUUAUCAGUUUGGCCUUCACUGCUGGGACCUGGCAGCCGCCACAGUCAUCAUUAGAGAAGCAGGUGGCAUUGUGAUAGACACCUCAGGUGGACCCCUUGACCUCAUGUCUUGUAGAGUCGUCGCUGCUGGUACCAGAGAGAUGGCAGCGCUCAUAGCUCAGGCCUUACAAACUAUUAACUACGGACGGGAUGAUGACAAGUGAGCCACACACAGAAUGAGGCUUAGAGGCUGAAAUUCAGCAGCUCCCUAGGAAAGAGCUGUCCCAGUGGUGAGGGCUCUGUGACAAAAGUCUCCUAUAGCUCUCGUUGGGACUCGGUGCUGAGCUGAUUUCUCUGUAAUCUAUCUCAUGUAGCCCUUUUCAGGUCGGUACAAGUUCUUUCAUCAGAGCCAAACCUAAAUCUCUUGUGAGGUGUGUAUUAGUCAUUCAGUCUUGAUUGUUUUUCCAGAAUGUAAAUCUCAGGUAAUAAAGCUUUGGAACUUGCUCUCGGGCCCUCCCCUGCCCACGGUAAUAUACAAUGCAAUAAAUCAGAAUUAAAGCGUUACGCUUUCUGUUCCCCUCCAGCCUCUGGCUCUCAGGCUUCCUGAACCCCCAUGCUGUGCAGGCAAGGCUGUUAACUGACGUCACCCCACAAGUCGUUUGCCGUUGCUUGGUUUAGAUGUCUGGCACCCCAGCCAUGGCAACACUGAAAACAUUUCCCCUAAAUAUCAGUCCCCUGAUCUACAGGCUGGAUUUAAUUGUGCAUAUAGAUCAUCCUCCAUUUUUUUAUACUGCCUUUAGUGGAUCUUCAGAGAGUAAGUGUGCUGUAUAAUUAAAAUGGUGUAUGUAUA